CUCUCUAUUCCUCACAAACUCAGUCGCUGUUUCUCUUUCCGUAUAUUUACUCCUGAUAACAUUCAUUGCUCUUCAUUACCUCUGACUUUGAUUCAAUCGAAAAUGGGAUCAGAAACCGAGAGAAGAAACCCUUCUGCUGAACACCCGGCUGUGACUAACUUCAGACGGUAUUUACGAAUCAAGACUGUCCAGCCUGAACCUGACUAUGAUGGAGCAAUAAAGUUCCUAAAAGAAAUGGCUGGAGAACUUGGUUUGCCAUAUAAAGUGAUUGAGGUUUCUCCAGGCAAGCCUGUGUUUGUGAUGACUGUUGAAGGAAAAGACCCUUCCUUACCAUCUUUAAUGUUGAAUUCUCAUAUUGAUGUUGUUCCAGUAGAUAUGGAUUGUUGGAAAGUCGAUCCUUUCAGUGCUGAGAAAAUGGAAAAUGGAGAUAUUUAUGCUCGAGGAACUCAAGACAUGAAAUGUGUUGGAAUACAAUAUAUUGAAGCUAUACGCCAACUUUUAAAAGAUGGGAAGAAAAUGUUGAGAAAUAUUCACUUGACUUUUAUGCCAGAGGAAGAAGUUGGUGGCAUACUUGGAAUGAAGUUGUUUGUAAAGCGUGAAGAAUUUAAGCAGCUGAACAUUGCUUUUGCUUUGGAUGAAGGGUUAGCUAAUCCAACUGAACAUUUCACUAUUUUCUAUGGAGAAAGAUCUGCCUGGUGGGCUAAAGUCAAAUGUUCUGGUAAUCCUGGCCAUGGCUCAAGAUUUAUUGAAAACACUGCUGCUGAAAAAUUUAGAAACAUCAUAAAUAAACUGUUAAGUUUGCGGGAUGAAGAAGAAAAGAAGUUAAAAUCCAAUCCAAAUCUUGUUCUUGGUGAUGUGACCAGUGUAAAUUUGACUAUGGUUCAGGGUGGCCAGCAACACAAUGUUGUUCCUUCUCAGCUCACUGCUUGUUUUGAUAUUAGAGUGCCUCCAUCAGUUGAUCCUGUCCAAUUUGAAGAAAGGCUUAAUAACUUGUGCAAGGAAGCUGGAGAGGGAUUGACUCUUGAAUAUGUGCAGAAAGGUUGUGCUAACAAGCUAACCUCCAUUGAUGACAAUAACAUUUGGUGGAAGACAUUCUCCUCAACAUUUGAAAAUAUGAAUUUGAAAAUUAAAACAGAAAUAUUUCCUGCUGGCACAGAUAGCAGAUUUCUACGUGAGCUUGGUUAUCCAGCUCUGGGUUUUUCUCCUAUGAACUUCACACCAAUAUUAUUACAUGAUCACAAUGAGUUUCUUAAUGAAAACAUCUUCGUGAAAGGAAUUGAUAUCUACUACAAUUUGAUUUCUAAUCUUGCAAAUGUUAAGUAAUUCUACAUAUAAAAGUUUGUUCUCCUGCAUGAUCGCAGCUGUAACCAAAAGAUAGUGUUUGGAAGAAAAUGAAAAAGAAAUGGAGGGAAUCUAAAACAAGUGAAUUACAUAUUUGAUUAUAUGUACAUAUUUUCAUGCAUACAUAUAUAAGUACAUUGUGCAUGUAUAUGUGUGUGUGUGUGUGUGUGUGUGUCUAUCCACUCAACCAAUGUAUUGAGUUCUAUAUUUCAGAUAAUGAUUGCAUGGGGUAAAAUAUAUUUUUAUAUACUUUACAACUCUUACAUUUAUAUAUAUAUAUAUAUAUUAAAAUUAUAAGGGUGUUGAAUGAUUUACAACACCAGUCUUUAUAAAAUAAUUUAUUUUAUAAUUCCUUGCUGUCUAUUUUCCUUGCUUACAACCUUGUGUAGUGGAGUAAUAAUCUAAGUGAUUCAUAGACCAUUUGGGGUCUAUUUCUAGCAGACUGGCAUUGUAAUCAUUCAACACCCUUAUUAUGAUUUUAAUAUGAAUUAACCAUUAUGGUGUUUUUAGUAUGCUGUCCACUGAUAAAUCAUUAAAUAAUGAUUUUAUCCUAAUUAUGUAUGAUAAAAUAUAUAUAAAUAUACAUAUAUUUGUUUUGUAUCAAGUUAUUAUAAAAACGAUUUUAUAUGAAUCUGAGGAAAUAUUCAAUAUUCUUUUGUAGAGUACAUAUCAUUUUUUAAUAAAAAUUAACAGUGACUUCAAAGGUUCAGCCUGUUAGGCCAAGCCAUAACUUUGAAAUCACUGUCAGUACUAUUCUUGUUAA